AUGGCGGUCAAUCCAAUCACUCGGUCUCGAUCUAAGCACAUUGCGAUUAAUUAUCAUUUUGUUCGUGAAUUGAUAGCAAAUGGUUCUUUAAAAGUCGCAUUUACUUCCUCCCAUCUUCAACUUGCCGAUUCUUUUACCAAUGGCGUCUCCAAGCCUCAGUUCCUACUUUUUCGUAACAAGCUUCAUGUUAUUCCUUCUACCACACUCAACUUGCAGGGUGAUAGAUCCAAGCCAAGUUGGAGAGUGGUGUCGGACACGCGCUUGAUGAAGGAAACAUUGAGGUUCUUGGAUAUAAACACGGGUCCUACCAUCAGAUCUGAUGUGACAACCAACUUUGAGCUAUCAGUUGGAAUCCAGCAUGACUUUAGUUAUCGGCCGCUCAUUCAUGAUGUGCUGGGUGGACAGAUUGUUUAUAUGCUGGAUCAAGUGUGUGCCUUGGAAAAUGAGAUGCUUCUUAAGAUACAAAAGCAAGGACUUGAUGUCAUUCCUAAAAUUCUCAUAGUUACCCGUCUUAUACCUGAUGCAAAGGGGACCACACGCAAUCAGAGACUUGAAAGAAUCAGUGAGGAUGUAUCAAAUGAAAUUGCUGCCGAGCUACAGGGAGUUCCAGAUCUGAUCAUUGGCAACUAUAGUGAUGGGAAUCUUGUUGCAUCUUUAUUAUCUUAUAAGCUGGGAAUUACGCAGUGCAAUAUUGCUCAUGCAUUGGAGAAAACAAAAUAUCCAGAGUCUGAUAUAUAUUGGAGAAAAUUUGAGGAUAAGUACCAUUUCUCAAGCCAAUUUACUGCUGAUCUAAUUGCAAUGAACAAUGCAGAUUCUAUAAUCACCAGUACAUACCAAGAGAUUGCCGGAAGCAAGAAUCAUGUUGGACAGUAUGAGAGCCACACAGCCUUCACUCUUCCAGGGCUGCACUGA